AUCGCGGCUUAGAAAUUGCACAACGGGGCUCAAACCGUCGAGAAAUUGGCUGCUUUUCAUUUUCCCUUUUUUGUUUCUGCUUUUAUUUCAUUACCCCCCUGGUCGAAACCACGGGAAGGGACGAAAAAGAACAAGGAGGUAGGAGCCCAAAAAGAGCAGACAUCAGGCGUGAAGUGGCGCGAGGGACCGAUUAAUUCUUGCGGUCGCGAGAGGUAAUCGAGCGAGCUAUCCCAGCUUCCAGAUUGAACGCUGGACCUCCAUUCAGGGUCUCGGACGUUUUUCGUUUUAUUUUCAUUUUACACGCCGGGCAAAUAAGGGUCGCUUUACCCGUUUCCACAAUUUUCUGGAAGCCCCUCUGUGAGAAAUAAAUCCCGGUAGCCAAGGGGGUAGCGAAUUAGUCUCGGGUAAAAUGUUCCUCCAAACGGGGAUCAUCGGUCGAUCUCGCGGCCGUGUGUAUCGAUGAACAACAAUGGCGACGAGAUAGUGCCUAACAGCCCAUUGUUCGCGACUCGAAAUAUUCCCGAUGUCGCCAAUCUCUGCGGGCCGACUAGAAAAGGAAAAUGCAGAGACUGGCGCGAGGGUACGUAUUUCCAACGCUACAUCGGCGGAGAAUCUGUCCUCACGUUGCUCUCUUUGGGACGAGCUCACGAGCUCUCGGUAGAUUUGAAUUUAGCUGUACAAAACUAGAGACCACGUGCCACCGGCGUCUGGAGAAAUAUCGGCUCAUAACUCAUAUAAUCUUUGAAAAAUGUCACGAUCCAGAUCACUACCGCCAGUUUUACGGAUUGACAAAAUUAUCACGGGCACUCUGGACCAUCGUCACGUUGCACAAACGAUCGGAAGGUCCCAGAGCAUAUUUCUCCGUUACCAGAAAUAGUUCACUGCAUGGUGUAGUGGUAUCUAUGCGAGGAAAAUCCCUCUUUAUGCGCAGUUGGCGGCACUAGUCCACGCGUGUGCAGGGAUAAGAAUAGACAAGCCAGGGGUUUUGAAAUACAUUGUCAUUUAAAUUGUACAUUCCACUUAUAAAUUAACUUCUCUUUCUCUUCGAUGCAUUGCUCAUCUUCUUCUUCCUCUUCGAUGCUCUGCUCCUCUUCCUGAGGCGAAGCGGCUCCUCGGUGAAGCUGUUAGAGAAGAGAGAUUAGUUCGGAGGGAGAAUUCUAUUGUUAUUCCGCCGCGGAAUAUCUAGAAAUAGUCGGGGGAGGAGUAGAGGCCGGCGAGUCGGCGGUCUGGCGCCGCUCGAAGUGCAGGCAGACGGCCAGACAGGUGCGACCGGGUGCGACUGCCUCGCCGCGUCUCGCCUCGCCUCGCCUCGCCUCUCCGUCAUCCGAGCUGCUCCCAACACCGAGACGCCGCUCGCCCCGAGACCGACCGCUACCGACAACAUUCCUGCAGAUUUGGCCGCACAUUCCGAACACUGACACACGACGCGUGACACACUGACCACGAUUGUAUCCAAUUGUAUCGGUCCGAAAGCGACGCCGCAGCCUCCGAGCGGCGCCACCAGAAGCACUCUGACGUCACCGGGAUUAAUGCCCCCGGCGACAUUACACGCAUAAACACUAAGUGACAUCUAGGGAAUGAUGGCCGAAACGUUGUGGAUUUCUUGAAAUAUGACAAAGCGAGACAUCAAAGUUUACGCGGGAAGUGUAAUAGAUGUAAACACCUUGGAUAAGAAUGCUUUUAGCAGUAUAAGGCGUAGAACAGAGUGUAUAAGGUUAUGAUAAUUCCAUUAUAAGGCAUUGAAUAAAAACAGUAUUAAAUAAGGAUAAGUGCUUGUAGCUAUGUCUCAGAGAAGAACGAGACGCAUUCGCAAUGCAAGAGCUGUGGAUAGCGACGAUGAUGAUUUAGAUAUAAUGCCUCAAGGAAAUAGUCAGAAUAACCACAAUGCGUCUCGACCAAAUCAAUCUCAGAGAAGCGUACGGAACAAUUAUCAGCAUACAUUCAAUUAUAAUGACGAUGAUAGCGAUGACGAUAUUUCACCCCAAAGAUCCCAGACUCGAAGACGAAAUGGAACAACCAAAGUUCAUCCCUCUACUAGCCAAGCUACUCAAAACGACGAUUACGACUUUUCGCUUUCCCAAAGAUCACAAUCAUCCCAAAGAAAAGAAAUAUCUGAAGAAGAAAUGAAUCAGUUGGUUAACAAAGUAGUUAGAUAUUUAUUUAAAGCUGAUCGCUCUAAACUACCUGUAUUGAGAAUACAUAUUAUCAAGGAAGUUCUUGAAAACAACAGCAAACACUUUAAGCAAAUCAUGCUCAAUGUGAAAAGUGCUUUGGAGAGUUCUGCCAUUGGAUAUAACUUAUUGGAAUACGAAAGUGGGAAGUAUAUUAUAACGAACAAAGUUGACAAUCGUGUGCCUCACAUGAAUUUUCCACCACAAGACGGUCCAAAACUAGUACUGUUGUAUUUUAUACUGGCACAUAUUUUUAUGUCAGAGAACGAAUGCAAAGAAGAGUCGAUAUGGAAGUUUCUGAAAACGCUGACAAUCAUCAGAGAGAAUCAUUUUGAACACGAAUACUUCGGUGAUGUGUAUCGAUUAGUCACUGUAGAGUUUGUCAAACAACUUUAUUUACGUAUGACAAAGGUUGAAAACUCCGAUCCGCCUACUAAUAUGUUCAGUUGGGGUGUUCGAGCUGAACAUGAAGUGUCAAAGCUCCAAGUGCUGGAAUUCGUGACAAGCAUCUACAAAAACCGCUCCAUUGAGAGCUGGGCGGUGCAGUAUCGAGCAGCGCAAGAAAGCGAAAGAGAACGACGUGCAGCCGGAUGAAGAAAAGAACUCAAGAUCGAUU